AUGGAUAAGCAAUUAGGAAGAUUUUUGGAGGUUUUGAAGAAAUUAUACAUCAACAUACCAUUUACAGAGGCGUUACAACAAAUGCCCUCCUAUGCUAAGUUUCUCAAGGACAUCUGUUCGAAGAAAAGAAAACUAGAGGAAUAUGAGACUGUAGCAUUAACUGAGUGUAGUGCUCUUAUUCAGAACAAUUACCUCCAAAGCUUAAAGACCCAGGCAGUUUCUCCAUUCCGUGUGAAGCUGGAAAUGGGUGAACUCAAGCCAACUACAAUCACUUUGCGAUUGGCAGACCGUUUUGUCAAGUAUCCGAUAGCUGAUUUUGUUGUGCUAGAGAUGGAGGAGGAUUCUCAAAUCCCCAUCAUUUUGGGUAGGCCAUUUUUAGCUACAGCAGGUGCCAUUAUAGAUGUUAAAAAUCAUAAACUUUCUCUAACUGUCGGUGAUGAAAAAGUUGAAUUUGAUCUGUCUAAUGCUAUGAAAAAACCUUUUGUUGAGGGUUCUUGUUACAUGAUCAAUAUGCUGCAGGAGGUCAUUAUUCAAGAAGAGACCAAGCACUAUUUUAAGGACCCACUCGAGCUUUGUUUGGUACGUAACAACCUCAAUAAUGAUGAAGAUGAUGAAGCUAGUGAGUAUAAGCGUUUACUAGAAGUACAACCCUAUAUUCAACCCCAUAAAGCUAAGAUCGAGGAAUUGAGGUCAGAAUCUUCUCUUAGCAUUCUUGAGGAAGAACAAGCUCCAAAGGUAGAACUUAAACCCCUUCCUUCCAUUCUCAGGUAUGAAUUUCUAGGACCUAACUCUACUUAUCCUGUGAUUGCCAAUGCUAAUCUCAGUAAGGUUGAAAUUGAAAAGCUACUUAGGGAACUUGAUCACAUUACAAAGUCAUAG